UGUCAAAUAAAUAAAAUCUUUUAAAAAUAAAAUAAAAUAAAAUAAAAUAAAAUAAAAUAAAAUAAAAAGCCUCAGAAUCCUACAACCCAGGCACCCACUAAUAACUGGUCAAAGCUGGUACUCAACCUAUUUGCCACAAGACUGCUUUAGACAAGAAGUUAAGACAUCAACAUGAUUGAGACACUAGGGCUCACCACAUUAGACUUUUGGGGCACUCGGAUGAAACUGGCAGCACAGUUGGUGGCAUGAACAUCAGACUAGACAUCAGAAGACAGAUUUAAACACGGGCUUUACUACUGUAAGAUCUGACACAAGCUCUCUCAACUUCUCUAAGUUACAAAUUCCACGUGCGUAAAAUGGUAUCCAACAAAGCUGUUCUGAUGAGUAACUAAGGUGACAUGUGUGAAAGUCAUUUGUAAAUGAAUUCCUAUGCGGGCGCCUGGGUGGGGUUCUGUCUGCGGAAUCGUGGAAUCAGUGGCUUGGGAGAAUGGUGACUGAAUGAGAGAAGGAUCACGGAGAGAACCGAGGAGACUUUAGCGCAGUCCCCGCAGGGAAACCAUGCCGAAACCCCGGAAGAGGCUCGCCGGGGCUGCUGGGCCUACUGGGCCAGACAAUAAGGGGCCAGCAGGAAAACGUACCAAGACUAAGAACCCAGUAGGGACAUCAGCUACAUUGGGUAACUCCAGCCCUGAGAAGACUUCAGCCUCUAAAAACUGUGGGAAGAAUCUAAGCAGUUACUGGCUGAUGAAGUCUGAGCCAGAAAGCCGACUAGAGAAAGGUGUAGAUGUGAAGUUCAACAUUGAGGAUCUUAAAGCACAGCCCAAGCAGACAGCAUGCUGGGAUGGUGUUCGCAACUACCAGGCCCGGAACUUCCUGCGAGCCAUGCAGCUGGGGCAAGAAGCGUUCUUCUACCAUAGCAACUGCAAAGAGCCAGGCAUCGCAGGACUUGUGAAGAUUGUGAAGGAGGCUUACCCAGACCACACACAGUUUGAGAAAAACAAUCCCCAUUAUGACCCAUCCAGCAAAGAAGACAACCCCAAAUGGUCCAUGGUGGAUGUACAGUUUGUUCGGAUGAUGAAGCGUUACAUCACCCUGGCUGAGCUCAAAACCCAUUACCAAGCUCACAAAACCACUGGAGGCCCCUUAAAAAAUAUGGCUCUCUUCACUCGCCAGAGACUCUCAAUUCAGCCCCUGACUCGAGAGGAGUUUGAUUUUAUUUUGAGCCUGGAAGAAAAGGAGCCAAGUUAACUGGGACACUGUUGCUGGAAUGGGCAAGCCAUUACUCCAAAGAAGUCAAGCUUUUAUAAGACAAACGAAGGUGUGUGGCACCUUGCGUGGUUUUCAUGUACCUUUUCCAAUAAAACGUUAAUA